AUGUUUAGCUUCGGGGUGACCAACCAAGUGAUGGUGCUUUUCCUCGAAGAAAUUGGCAUCGAAGCGGCGGAUAUUGGAACCUUUAUGACCCUCACGUUGGUGGGUGAUGUUCUGAUCUCGUACUUUCUUUCAUGGAAUGCCGACAAAAUCGGCCGCCGGGCGGUGCUUGUGGCGGCAACGGUGAUGAUGUUUGGAGCGGGCAUGGUGUUUGCCACCCAGUCGGGGUUUUGGGUACUUUUGGUGGCUGCUAUUGUGGGAGUCAUCUCACCGUCUGGAGAUGAAACAGGACCGUUCAAAACCAUUGAAGAAGCGUCAAUUGCGCACUUGACGCCACACAACCACCGGCCGGAGGUGUUUGCGUUUCACGGGAUGUUUUCCACGGUGGGAAACGCCGUGGGUUCGUUGGCGGGUGGACUUAUCGUUGAUUUCUUGAACCUAACUCUUGAGUGGGAUUUGAUCAGCUGCUACAGAGCCGUGUUUGUGGCGUAUGCUUUGGUUGCGGUGGCCAAGUUCUUUCUCAUGGUGAACUUGAGUGAAAGGUGUGAAGUGAGGAAUGGCUCAGAGCAAAGCCGUUUGAUAGAGAAUGGUUCAGAUGAAAGUUCAGAACCUUCAGAAAGCCAUGACGCUGGGUCGGUGGACGCUGGAUCCACCGCCAGCGUGGCCUCAAGGCUCUUGUUGGUGUUUUUCUUGGACUCUCUCGGGUACGGGUUCAUGCCAGCCUCGUGGAUCGUAUACUACUAUAAGCUGAUGUUUGGCAUCACCGCCACCCUUUUGGGGGCGUUGUUUUUCUUCACCAGUCUUUCCAACACCGUCACCACCAUUCCGUCAGCGUUCUUGGCCAAGCGGUUUGGACCUGUGCGGGCCAUUUUGAUGACCCAGGCCCCGUCGUCGGUGAUUUUCAUGCUAAUUGCGGGAUGUACAAAUUUCACGGUCGCUGCUGGCCUUUUGUUCAUCUACUACUCGACCACGGCCAUGGAUGUGGUACCCCGACAGAUUUUGAUCACGUCGGUGGUGAAAAAAGAAGCGUUGACCAGAGUUAUGGGGACGGUUAAUACCGUCAAGACGUUUGCGCGGUGCGUAGGGCCUACGUUCACGGGAUGGUUUGCUGCCAAUAGAAUGUUGAACUGGUGUUUUGUGAUUCUGGGGGUGUUUACGUUGAUGUGUGAUGGUGUGUUGGGGAGAUUUUGA